UGUCUAUAGUAACUUAAUGAAUGCUUCCGCAAACUUCUUCUUAAUGAUAUUGGAAUAAAAUCACCAUGAGGGAUUUUGAAUUUAAUCAGUUUCACAGGCGCUAUGACAUCAUUAACCGACUGUAUAUUGUCAUAGAAGUUUUUAAGGACUUCCUCUAAGGAGUCAUUGGUAGAGUAGGAAUCCCAAUUAGAGUAUCUAAUCAAGUCCUGAUACAAGUCCCAAUCAACCCGCGUGUAUGGUCUUAUAGGUGUCCGACUAACUUUGUUUCUGUGUAUAGUUUCUGGGGAAAUGUUAAACGAACAUGCAACUAUUUUAUGAUCGCUACCUGGGAAUUCAUGUCCCACAUGAAUUGUAGAUGGUGCUACGUUGACUUCCAUGUUUUUUCUGAUGCCUCUGAGGUUGGAUUUGGUGCAGCCGUAUACAUCAGAACCACCUUAAGGAAUGAUAUAGAUGUUAGCCUGGUGAUGGGUAAAUCUAGAGUUGCACCUCUAAAGACGGUUUCGAUUCCGAGAUUAGAACUUACUGCAGCCUUACUGACUGCGCAGUUAUUCACAACGGUGUGUAAAGAGUUGGAUUACCCCAAGCAUCCCGUAACGUUUUGGACUGAUUCGAUGUCUGUGAUAUAUUAUAUACGCAACGAGUCAGCAAGAUAUGCAUGUUUUGUAGCUAACAGAGUAUCUCAAAUUCGUGAACUAACAACUGUUGAGCAGUGGAGGUACGUACCAUCUGGAAAAAAUCCAGCUGAUCUAGCCUCGCGAGGAGUUAUUGGUAUGAAUGUGGUUAAAAAUAAGUGAUGGAAAGGUCCAGAGUUCUUGCUAAGGGCUGAUUGUAUGUGGCCUCGUAGAGAAGAUGAACCACCGAUAAACGAGUGUGCCUUGGAGUUGAAGACAAAUGUC